UCCGACCACGUUGUCUUCCUUGGUUCCUCCUGUGUCCUGUCUUCUUCCCCUUCCCGCUCUCCGCCUCUCGCCAAGGAGGCGAAGACGAUAACCACCGACAUGCCCUAGCGAUGUUCCCAUUUGCAGACCCAAUCCAAGCCCCAAGCAACCACCAAACCUGGCCGAUGAGACUUCCAUCCUCGCAUGGAGGAAAAAUCCAAUCUUCGCAUGUGACCUCUUUUUAAAUCGCCACAAGAAUCGAUCAAUCAAUCCAAAAGGGAACAGAAAAACAGAGCAACCCCAUUGCUUAGUGUUUUCGCCUUGCCGUUGGUUCUCUUCUCCGUUCCUCGGCACGCGUAGGCCUAUUUAAACCUCCGCUAAAGCUCCUUUGUCGCGCCCAAUUCGGCAGCCAUUUCCCAGAUUCCCCAUUGGCGAGGGUUCCCCGCGCUGAGAUCCGAUCUUUUCAGUUGUUCGGUUUCAAUCGGUGUAAAUUCAUCCGGAAAGUAACAUAGAACCGCCCCCGGAGUUGUAAAAGGUUUCCAUUUCUGAUUGGUUGUCGAGCCUGGCCACGUUUUGCCGAAGAAAGGCAGGACGCCCGUUCGGUUACGGUUCUUGAUCCGGUGAGGGACCGCCGCCGAAGGCAAUGCAGCCGGACCCGCAAGGUUCGGGCAGGGGGAAGGCGGGCGGCGCCAAUGCGCACGCGCGGCUGCCGCCGCCGGUGACGGCGGCGUCGGCUGGGCGGCCGGCGUCGGUGCUGCCGCAUAAGACGGACAACGUGCGCGACCACUACCGCAUCGGGAAGAAGCUGGGGCAGGGGCAGUUCGGCACCACGUACCAGUGCGUGGGCAAGGCGGACGGCGCCGAGUACGCGUGCAAGUCCAUCCCCAAGCGCAAGCUGCUGUGCCGCGAGGACUACGAGGACGUGUGGCGCGAGAUCCAGAUCAUGCACCAUCUCUCCGAGCACCCCAACGUCGUCCGCAUCCGCGGCGCCUACGAGGACGCGCUCUUCGUCCACCUCGUCAUGGAGCUCUGCGCCGGCGGCGAGCUCUUCGACCGCAUCGUCGCCAAGGGCCACUACACAGAGCGCGCCGCCGCGCAGCUCACCAGGACGAUUGUUGGGGUGGUGCAGGGGUGCCACUCGCUCGGCGUCAUGCAUCGAGACCUCAAGCCGGAGAAUUUCCUCUUCGCGAGCACUGCCGAGGAUGCCCCGCUCAAGACCACUGAUUUUGGGCUCUCCGUGUUCUACAAGCCUGGUGAUAAAUUUGCUGACGUUGUUGGGAGCCCCUAUUAUGUUGCCCCUGAGGUGCUUCAAAAAUGUUAUGGCCCAGAAGCUGAUGUAUGGAGUGCUGGAGUGAUUUUGUACAUUUUGCUAUGUGGUGUACCCCCAUUCUGGGCAGAGAGUGAAGCAGGGAUAUUCAGGCAGAUUUUGCGAGGAAAACUUGAUUUGGAAUCUGAACCAUGGCCAAGUAUCUCUGAUAGUGCUAAGGAUCUAGUCCGUAAGAUGCUAAUCCGGGAUCCUAGGAAGAGAUUGACUGCUCAUGAGGUUCUAUGCCAUCCAUGGAUUGUUGAUGAUGCUGUUGCACCUGAUAAGCCUAUUGAUUCUGCUGUUUUGUCAAGGCUGAAAAACUUUUCUGCAAUGAACAAGCUCAAGAAGAUGGCAUUGAGGGUGAUUGCUGAAAGUCUAUCUGAGGAGGAGAUUGGUGGUUUAAAGGAGAUGUUCAAAAUGAUCGAUACUGACAACAGUGGGACGAUAACUUAUGAUGAACUGAAGGAUGGUCUGAAAAAGGUGGGCUCAGAUCUGAUGGAACCUGAAAUCCAGGCUUUAAUGGAUGCAGCUGAUAUUGACAACAGCGGAACCAUUGACUAUGGAGAGUUCUUAGCGGCUACGUUGCACAUGAAUAAACUGGAGAGGGAGGAAAGCUUGGUGUCGGCAUUCGCAUUCUUCGAUAAGGAUGGGAGUGGCUUCAUAACAAUCGAUGAGCUCUCGCAAGCAUGCGGACAGUUCGGCCUUUCUGAUGUUCAUCUUGAGGACAUGAUCAAAGAUGUGGACCAGAACAAUGAUGGACAGAUUGAUUAUAGUGAAUUUGCUGCCAUGAUGAGAAAGGGCAACACUGGUGGAGCAGGGAGGCGAACCAUGAGGAACAGCUUGCAUGUGAAUCUUGGUGAACUCUUGAAGCCUGCCGAGACCUAGUUUUUUUACCAGAGGAUUCUGCUUUCCAGAUGCUCCCAUCUGAAGUUUAGCGUGCAUCGUCAGCUUUCACGGAUUGAUUAGACUUGAUCCCAGUACCAGUGCCACGAAAAAAGCGGUUAUUUUUUUUUCAGUGGUACUAGUAUUUAGUGGAAAGAGCAUUCUGUGGCACCCAGUGACAAAUCCUAGGUGCUGAAGCUGACAUGUUAUGCUACUACGGAGUCCCGUUGUCUUGUCACGAUUGUUGUUGAUGAUUUCAGGUUUGUACCAUUACUGAUUUUUGUUGUCAGUGUAAAAAUGUGCUGGUGCCCCAUAAGGUAGGCACCUAGGUCUGUGUUUGAAGCAUCGACAGAUUUGUAAACAUGUUCCUAUGAACCUAUUUCUGAUUGAUAAUUUGUCAAAACUCAUCAUUUGUCUUCA